AUGGUAAAGGCACCAACAGCCAAUAUCCGCCCAGUCCUAUUAGCUAUUGUCAAACUCGUAGUGGAAAUGAACAAUUCGGCUCAAACAACCUUCGCGAUUCUUGACCAAGGCAGCGAAGCUACUCUCAUAUCGCGAAACCUAGCGAAUUUGCUUAAGUUGAAAGGUCCUUCAGCCAGCAUUUGCUUCGGCUCGUUUAACAACUCUGUGUUAAUGGAUUCGAACAUCGUAGCAUUCAAACUCAAAUCGAUCGACGGAUCGCAAGCGUUCGACGUUCGCGAAGCGUUUGUUGUCCCCAGCAUUAAUCUUUCGCAACGCAAAAUUAACUGGCCUGGCAUCAAGAAACGAUGGGAACAUUUAGCCGACAUCGACUUACCUGCCAUAGACUCUUCCAAAGUAGAAAUUCUUGUGGGGAUGGACAUGUUACCAUCUCUUCGAAGGCUAAACACUGCUGCCCCAAAUGAUGGUGAAACCGGCCCUACCGCUUUGCAAACGUGUUUUGGCUGGGCUGUAGUGGGCAAAAUACCGUUGUGUCUAGUCGCCGUACCGAGCAACAAAAGCAGCGUGAACUUAGGUUUCGUCCGACAAGAACCCUUUCUAUCAGAAGUAGUUGACCGUUUCCAUUUAACUGAAACCUUCGGCGUCGUGGCAAAAGCCGCGAAAACAAAUCCAGCGGCCAACGAAGACGAGCAGAUGUUGAGCAUCUUACAGCGAUCGAUAAAAUUUAUUGGAUGUGGUUACCAAGUAGAUCUUCCGCUUCGUCAAGACAGACCGGUCAUACCAAACAACAGAGGACAAGCAGUUUCCCGUUUCUCUGGCCUCGAACGCCGAAUGUUAGAGCCACAUAUGCGCGAGACCGCCGCAAAAUACGUAACCAUUGUCGAGAAUCUUAUAUCGUCAGGAACCGUGGUCGCCGUCAACUGGUCGGACAUAAACAAGCCGGAAGGUAUGGUUUGGUAUCUUCCUCACUUCUACGUCCUUAACCCGAACAAACCCGAAAAAAUUCGAGUUGUCUUCGACUGCGCUGCGCUUUACAGAGGUGUGUCGCUUAACCAUUAUCUUUUGCGUGGCCCGCCGUUCAUCCCGUCGCUAGUCGGCAUCCUUCUCCGCGCUCGUCAGUUUCUCGUCGCACUCACCGCUGACAUCACUGCGUUUUACCACUAA